AUGAAAAAUUUAAAAGAAUGUUUAUCUUCUGAGGGAAGUUAUAAAAACAUAAAACGAUUUAAAGAAAAUAUAUAGGAUGAGGAUACUUUGAACUAAGUAGUUGAGACAUUGGAGGACAUUUUUCAAAGUCCGAAAUCGCAACCGAUUUAAUUAGUGCUUGCAAUGAGAGUAAGUCUGUUGGUAUGUUUAGCUGAGCAGUUGACAAAAGAACUCAUGGAUCUACAUUAUGAUUGUGUUGUGUAUUCUGUGACCAACAACAUUAUUUAUAUGAUCGAGGAUAUUAUCAUGGCAGAUCUAAAGAAAAACGAGAGAGGCAAAUUUUAUUUCAGUGAUUAACCAGAUUAAUCCCUUUUAUUGCUUGGAAAUACACUAAUACGAUUAGCACUUGAAAGCAUUUUUGUAUGGAACCUAUGGCACCCAAAUAAUUUAGCCAUUACUCAAGUUUAUUAAAGAUUAAUUGACUAAGGUGUCUAGUUCCCAAAAUUGCACUAUUUUAAUGCUCAGAAAGUCAAAGAAUACUAUCUAACUGUCAAAGAGAGCUCAAAGAAUGGUACUCUCUAUCGAAAACAAUCCUUAAUGUUGAAUGACCAAUAUUUUGAUCAACUCAAAUAGAAGAUUGAGAAGAAUCAGUACAAUACCAUAAAAUUGCAUGAAAUUAAUGAGGAAUUAAAAUAGAUUAAACAUGUAAACGAAAAUUAGAAAUAAUUCAUUGAAAAUUUCAAUAAGGCUUACAAAGACUAUCUAGUAAAUAAUAAAUUAGACGAGUUCAACAAUUAAGUAUAAUCAAUUUGUUUAGAAUAUGAUGAAUUGUCAAGCCAAAAGAAACAGAAUAGCGCAAUCUAAUUAUGUACAUAUUCAACAGAUAAGCAAAGUAAUCAAUUUUCAAGAAGUAUAAGUUCCUAAAAUUCUUAACAGAAGAAUGGUAGCAAUAACAAACAACAAUCAAUUGAACAACUACUACAUGAAAAUGAGUUGAUUUAGGCAUAAAUACAAAGCUUUGAAAUUCCAAAAGUCAAUAGUCAUAUAUAGAAUAUAGACAUGUGA